CGCUGAAAUGGGGAGGACGCGGAGAGGCUACGCAGCAUCGCGUGCCGUCGAGACACGCUGCCCGGGCAUUGCAAUCUCGAUGCGAGACAACCGCCUGUCUGUCUGUGUGCGUUGGCUGCGGCUGCAGGCCCUUUUGGCUAGCCGUGAGUGCAGCCCUCGGGUGUCGCGUCACAAAAGGCCGCUUAUGAAUCGAGCAGCCUGAAGAAAAAAAUCGCUCUCCCGCCAGUCGAGACCCAGGCGGGCUCUUUCCACUUCGUGCUCUCCACACACGGGCCAUUGAGAGCCAGCGGCCAGCCGUUCGUUCCAGCCCUGCUGCCGCCUGCUCUGGGGUUCUGAGGCAUCCUGUCGCAUCGCCACUGGUGGAUCGUGGAUUGAAAUCCGCCCACGGUGAUUUCUUUCCGCGUCGCCGGUGCCAGGCGCUCCAGCCCACACCUUCCCUUGCCCCUUCCUCCCUUUUCUUUAUCUCAAAUGCGACUGCCGCCAUUGAAACCACGCAAUUGCCCUGCCUGAACCGCCCGCCGCAUCGCUCCUGCCCUCCGCCCCCGUCCGCCCUGCCAGCGCCCAUCACAGGUAGCAGCCACAUGGAGCGGAGCGCCUUCUCUUUCCACCAGACUGCCGCGGACAGCGUCGGCCUCCCCAACAAACGCCUCGAGUCGAGCUUCCAUUGACCCCGACCCGACUGGAUAUGCCUCAAUCUGCCUCUCCAUCCUGCCCCGCCGCCUACCGGCAGUUUCUCGCGAGUGAGAGUUGCAGUCCUUCGACAACCUAGGUCCAGGUCUCCGCAGCUCUCGGCCAACGGCGCCUCAUCUGGACGCUGCAAGCUCGACUCAGCUCAGCGCACCUAGGUGUAGCUACCUCGGCCAAACCGCACCAUCUUCCGCCUCUCCGACCACACUGUCAGUCAGCCAGCCCGAGGCGAGCUCAGCUCUCCAGCCCGCUUUCUUGAUUCGGCGCCGGCAGCCAUCGCCAAGCCGUUACCUGGGUUUGGCUGUUUCUGAUCCCGCUAUACCUCCACCGCCAGCCCUACUUGUCUCCGAAUCGCCUACCCGCUUGACCCCACGUGUUUGGCCAUCGCCAACUGCCAUCUGCCAAUCUGCCUUACCCACCUAUCUACCGACCGAGCCCCGGUAUUCACCCGUCCCGUGCCCAUUGAGCUGGAAUAAUGCUCGUCUCGGCACUCCUCGCCACUGCCCUGGCCGCCAGCCCGGGCAUGGCUCACUUCCUGCUGCGCCUGCCCCCUUCGAUGGGGUACCUGCUUGACUCCACGGGUGUCGCACCCUGCGGCGGCUUUACGUUUCACGGAAACAUCAGCGGUAACAACUAUCCAGUCAAGGGAUACCCCUUUGCCGCCACCUCGACGGUCCACAACGUCACGUAUACUGUCAAGAUCCGCCUCCUCAAGGAGCCCCCGGAUGUCUUCCAUGAUAUCCUGCCGCCUCUGUUCGUCGACCACUACGGCACAUUCUGCAUCCCUUCGGUUCCUGUCAACCGCUCGUGGGUCAACGAGCCUGCCGAGUAUCACGUCAUCUCCAACGACGUUACCUCGACCACAUACCAGUGUUCUGUCAUCCGGUUCACCGACCAGGAGGCUUUCAAUGCCAGCACGCGCCCUGUGUGCAGGAACACGACCAAUGUGAAUGGAACGCUUCAGCCCUGGGGUUCUGACAUCACCACCAGCCCGACGGCGAACACGGCCUCGGCGACUCCCACGCCCACUGAGGCCGUUGGAAGCCGCCACAUAGGCUCCAAGCUUGACCCUUGGCUGUCUGCUAGUCUCUCCAUCGCCAUUAGUGCUUUCCCCUUCCUUCUCUAAGGCGUCAGGCCGCCACCUGUUCUUACAAAAUGCUUUUUAAUGUGCGGGUUAUUUUGGGAUUUUAUUGUUAUUUGCAGGCGAUACCCCUAUUCAAGCUGCGGAGUCAUGGCGUGGGUUACUGUAUUGGUGGGAACCCUGUCGGGGUCAAAUGCAAUCUGGCAACGGGAAAGAUCUUUUUGGACGAUGGUCAUCAUGAUGGAGGAAACGGACAGAUACACAAAGGUGGUCCUUGCUUAUGGGUGCAACGGGACACCAUGAAGGGUCUACUUGCAUCACGACUAUCACUAUGCACCACUUUGUAAUGGUAGCUACCUAGAUCGCUUACCUCUCAGAGAGACAACAACAUGCAACAUUUUGGUCA